AUGUACCUGCUGGCGGCUUCCUUGCAGGUGCUGCUCUCCGCUUGCUCUGUGCGAAGGCUUCCAGCACGAUGCCGAGUCCAGCAAGAACAAAGAAACCACACUGCAGAACCUGUAAUUGAUGACUAUAAAAAGAUGGGGACUCUCUUUGGCGAACUAAACAAAAGCCUUAUCAGAAUAGGCUUCACAAGGAUGUACUUCGGAGAACGGAUAGUAGAACCUGUAAUAAUUAUAUUCUUCUGGGUUAUGCUCUGGUUUCUUGGCCUACAAGCUCUUGGACUGGUUGCUGUUCUGUGCCUUGUCAUUAUUUAUGUACAACAGUAA